GUGGCACAAAAACAGCUUCGCGUUCGUCAGGACUCGGCGCCGUUCGACUACGAGCUCUUCAAAGCUCAGCGCGCGCUUCUCGUCCGAUCGUAGUAAGGUUCGGGCCGCGUUUCUAUUCGUUUGUGACGCAGGUUUCUUGUCACAGAAGAGGACUUACAGAUCGCUAAGAUAAAACAGAACGGUUUAUCAAACGAUAUUGUUUAAAAAACUUACCAUAAAAAAAUUUUGUUUUAGGAGAUUGAAUCGAAGAUAAUGUGGACAUAUUGUGGUAUUCGAUGUGUAGCAUGAUUCUUUGAACUUCUUCAGUAUACUUAAAUAAAUAAAAACAUGUGGUUGUUUAAUAUGAGCUUUGUGUUAGUGCCGAAUUUUAAAGUUGACACUACUGUCAAACUUUACACUUUUUUGUGGCGACUGUUGUUGGUGUGGAUUGUAUGUGUUAAUUUGUUUGUGGUUGGAGGUAUUGCUAAAGUCGAGGAUGAUACUGUUGUGGUGCACGACGUAAAAGCCGUACAAGGAGGAAAAGUUAAACUACCCUGCGAUGUGGCGCCAUCGUCCCCAGACGAUAGAAUGCACAUAGUCAUUUGGUUCAAAGAAUUACCCAACGGAAAACAAUCCCCGAUUUACUCGUUCGACUCGAGGGAGAAGAACCUCGAAAAUGGUCGUCACUGGUGGGACGAGUCGAUACUUGGUGAACGAUCCACGUUUCGCUAUCAAGAUAAACCUGCCAAAUUGAUCCUUAACAGCGCAAAGGACAGCGACGCUGGUAUAUACCUUUGUCGGGUGGACUUCAAACAAACUCCAACUCGAAAUGUCAAAGUAAAUCUUACUAUAAUAAUCCCACCCGAAAAACUCAGUAUUCUAGACGAGAGGGGCUACCACAUCCCCAACUACAUAUUAGGUCCUUACAAUGAGGGAUCUUCCAUUAACAUCACUUGCGUCGCUACUGGAGGUCGACCGCCUCCAGAAGUGACAUGGUGGUUGGAGAAUACAAGACUUGAUACGACGUUCGAGCAUUUAUCCGAACGCCGGGUGAGAAACAUUCUGCAUCUAGAGAAGCUCGAAAGGAAGCAUCUGCAUAAUGUGUUCACAUGUCAAGCGGCCAACAAUCAGCUGAUGACGCCAAUUUCGAGCUCCGUUUCCCUCGACUUGAACCUUCGUCCAUUAUGGGUAAAAUUGAUCGGAGUCAACAAACCAUUAUCAGCCGAUAGUACCUAUGAGUUGAGUUGUGAAGUGGUUGGUGCGAAGCCAAAGCCCACGAUUACUUGGUGGAAAGGCAGCGUCCAGAUGAAAAAUACGCGGGAAAUCAUCAGUCCGGAUAAUAACACCACGACAAGCGUGCUGACCUACACUCCUACAGUUGACGAUGGCGGAAAAUAUCUUUCAUGCAGAGGACAAGUUGAAUCUAUUCCUGACAGUGGAAAAGAAGAUGGAUGGAAAUUAGACAUACACCACGUGCCGUUGGUGUCCCUUGAGCUCGGCAGCAACUUGAACGGGAGCAUAAUUAAAGAAGGCGUCGACGUUUACUUUGAGUGCAACAUCAAAUCAAACCCGUGGGUCUACAAAGUCAGCUGGAGGCAUAAUGGUAAAACCUUAUACAAUAACGCAGCAACCGGAACCAUUGUUAGCAACCAAAGCCUAGUACUUCAAUCCGUCACUAGAGCAAGAGCAGGCCUCUACACUUGUGUUGGGAGCAAUCGAGAAGGAGAUGGUGAAAGUAAUGCGGUACAACUUGAUGUUAAAUUCGCCCCGGUGUGCAGACCAGGACAAGCGAAAAGCUUCGGCGUGGCUAGACACGAACGUGCCAAGAUCCCCUGCGAACUCGAAGCCAACCCUGUUUCCGGCCUUGUGUUCACUUGGAAGUUCAACAACAGCGCUGAAACUAUAGACAUCCAACAGUCUCACGUGUUCAAUGAUGGCGCUACCAGCAACGCUAUCUACACUCCCAUGACCGAACCGGACUACGGAACACUUAUGUGUUGGGGUAGAAAUGAAAUUGGUAUACAAAAGGAACCGUGUGUUUAUUAUAUAAAUCCAGCAGGAAAACCGGAUCCUUUAUCGAAUUGUACGAUUUUAAAUGAAACCGCGGAAUCCCUCCACGUCGAGUGCAGUGAAGGUUUCGACGGGGGUCUCCACCAGGAAUUCAUUAUGGAGGUUUACGACGCCUCCACCAAAAAAUUAGUCAGCAACGUUACUUCCAGGAUACCGAUAUUUACCGUGGGCGGUUUGGAAUCUGGAUUAAGCUUCGAAAUCGGACUUUACGCCACAAACAAGAAAGGUCACAGCGAUGUCGUCCGAUUACAAGCGUUCACUUUAAAAUCGGCCGAAAAACAUACAGUUUUAUCUUCAAAUAUCGUUGAUCCAAAACCUCCAGAAAAUUGCACGUUAAAAUACCAUACGAAGAAGUUCCUGCAAGUUCGAUGUCAAGUCUCUAAAGAUCAAAACCAACCCGGUUCAACGUAUUUACUUCAAGUUUACGAUGCCAAUACGAGAUUAUUAUUAGCAACGGCAACGUCGCAAGUAGCUGAUUCAAUAACCGUGUCAUCUUUACCAAAGGAUCACGACAGUUUACUAUUAUUUGUUAGGACAGUAACACCAAAAUCAACCACGAGUAACGCUGCUAUAUUGUAUGCUCCACCAGCUACAUCAAACAGUUUUGUUUCAGGGGCUUCAACCCCAGUAUUUCUUCAAAUAACUCCAAUUCUAGGAGCACUAAUCGGAGUGGUUGUGGCACUGAUCCUGGUCGCAAUAAUUAUAGUCGUCGUGAUUCGUCUUAGAAACGGCGACGACCACGAAGAUAAAGAUUACGACGACGGUGGACUUUCGCCAAGCGGACGAAGAUGUGUUGCCGGAAGCGGAGAUAAAGCCAGCACGGAACCGCUUAACAAAGAUUUAAACGAUAGUGUGGAUAGUCUCGAGGAGAAAAAUCCCGACAUCAUACCCCAAAAUAAUUGUGAAGACGAGUACAUGGAGGAUGAGCGAGGAUUCGAAAGACUUAAUAAUUCUACUUUGUAUAGAAGAGUUAACCCGAAUAAUGUUAAUAAAAAUUUUGAUUAUCCGAAAACAAAUGAUGAAAUAACUUACGCUGAAUUAUCUCUACCAAAUCAACAGAUGCCCCACGUCAUUUAUAAUCAACAGCCGAUGCCGAUGGCGAUGAUUCCAAGGCAGGAACCGACGGUGUACGCACAAAUAGAUGUCAAUAAGAGAAUACAGACAUGUCUACAAACGCUCAGUCCACCGCAUCCCUCAACAUUCCAACCGAUGCAUCACCCUCAUCCGCAUCAUCCAUAUAUGCCUAGAUUGAGAGAGGAACGGAUAUUACAUGAAAAUGUUGUCAAUACAGAAACUCCUUUGGUUAAUCCACGAGAUAGUAGCGCGCUACAACCUUUACUAGAAGUAAGCAGUUCAAAACCACCAACCAUAACAUCAUCACAACCAAGAUCAGUGACAGCAACAAGAUUUUGACCGAAUUAAUAUGAAUUUUCUUGUUGAACUAAUCAGAAACACCUCUCAAAAUCGGAAAAGAAGUGUUUAAUUGAGGACAAUUUUUUGUGUGAAUGUUACCUUUAUAACUUUAAUUGUUAAAUCAGUGUAAAACAAACCAAAUGAAAUAAAAGAAAUAUGGGAAAACUUUUAAGCGUAAGAAAUUAAGAAAAAAAAAAACAAUAAGUUAAACAACUCUCAAUGUGCGCUUUAAUUAAGAAAAAAAAAUAAAAAUGAGGAGAAAAUAAACUGAUUCAAACGGUGAAUUAGAUUAUGUACAAUCAUAUUUUAAAAGAAAAAAUUAAUAUGGUGUUGAGACGACGAAUAUUAUUUUCGUUGAUUGGAAACGACAAUUAUUAGAGCACAAUCCGAAUUUUUUAUUAAUAAAAUGAAGAAAAAAAUUUCUAAAAGAUGUUGAUGUAAAGUAUAUAUAUGGAAGUGUUUUGAUUUUUUUGGCGAGAACUACAUCUGAGAAGACUGAAAAGAAAAACCAGAUCUUAUUGGGUUGCGUUACAUUUCCCCAUUUUAUUAAAAGUGAAUAAUAUUUUUAAGUAAUUUGUAAAUAAAUAUAAUACGAUUUUAUAGCUGUGAC